CAUAUUGUAUGCAUGCACACCUUAAAAAUGCGCGCAGGAUGAGGAGAGAAGAUUAAAUAUAAAUUAUUUCAAGAAAUAUAAUACCACCGCAUUAACACCAUGUUCAGUGACUGGGAAUGGCAUGUAAUGAUAAAGAAAGGAGAUCACAUUUCAUUGGAGGCGAUGAUUGAUACCGUUGGCAAAAAUAAUGAACUUGCUCAAUUAAACACAAGAUGCCAACAUGAAAAGUUUGGAAAAUGGACGCCAUGAACCUCCAUUGCUAACUGCCACCCGAUGGAAAAACCUCACGAUUGUAAAGUUAUUAAUUAACCACGGAGCGGAUUCUACUCAUUCUGGAUUUUAUGGACACGAUGCUAUUUGUCAAGCUGUUAUCGAAAACGCUUUCGAUAUUUUGGAGUACUUUCUCCAGACUACAUGUCAAAACCAUCCUUUAAUACAUGAACCAAAUAAUUGUCCUGUACGGGUUGCUUUAAAAUACGCUAAAUUGCAUCCCAGCAAACUGAAAUGUUUAGUAAUGCUUCUACAAUAUGGAUACACCUGUUCAUGCAUUUCAAGAAUUGGACAAGACGACAAAAUGGAUACGGGUGGAAAAGCAGUAGGGGAAUAUUAUUGUUCGGAAGUUGUAAAUUUUGUGGGUUCUGAGCAUUUUAGAUUGUCCAUUGAGACGCCUGUGACUCUUUUCAACUUGUCACGCAGAAUAAUUCGCCACCACCUUUUCCUAAGCACUAAUAAUUUAGGAAAUAAAGAAACCAUGUUUCAUAAAAUCAUGCAGUUUCCACUUCCCAACAAACUCCACCAAGCUUUACUUUUUAAGGACUACAGGAAUUAUGAAAUAUCUAUAGAGAGCACCUCAGUUAUAAUUUCUAUGAAAAAAUAGUUGUCAUCUUUCACUUAUGUACUCAGUCCAUGCAAAAUCAGUGCAUAAACGCGUAACAAGCUCUCUGCUGCUGAACUUUACUCUAACCCAGAUUUGUCUAACUGGAUCGGAUCGUACUUACUUACAAUGCAUUUAUUUAGACUCCGUGUAACAAGAAUCAUUGAAAUUUCCCACAUCCACCGGGUGGAUUCCACCGAGUGGCAGUUCAACGUAACCAACUGUUUGUCCUGCCAACAUUAUUUUCCCAAGUAAAUGACAAUCGAUGAUUAAAACACGUCAACAGAAACGCAAAUGUUAUCAUUGGACAGUGUAAGUAGUGCAGUGUACGUACGUAGAACUUGUAAAAUCGAUUACAAGUCUCCAAGUAUUGAAAAGAAGCAAAGAGUGAAAGAUAGUAUCUACACACAUACAUAAUUCACAACACGCCAGCCUUUUCAUUGACAAGUGCGGUUGGACCGGAACAAGUUGAAAUUGUAUCAGCCGACAAAUUAUUUCGAGCGUAUCUGGUCACGGUAAACAGACCGAGUUUAAAAUGGGAUCAACAGCUUUAAGUCGGAAUGACACCGUGUUUCUCUUUGACUUGGAUGGAACCUUAACUGAACCAAGACAGACUAUCAGCCCCCAUUUUUAUCAGUAUUUGGUAUCGGAAGUCAAAAAUAAAGUAAGGAUUGGGAUUGUGGGAGGUUCCGACCUGGUCAAGAUUUUAGAACAACUUGGAAAUGGCGAGAAAGCUCUGAAAGACUUUGACUAUGUAUUUGCUGAAAACGGAUUGGUCGCAUACGCCAAUGGUGAGUUGAAGGCUACGCAAUCCAUGUCCAAAGCCAUUGGUGACGAUCAAUUGCAGGAAUUUACCAACUACGUGUUGGGGUAUCUUUCGAAAUUGAAACUACCCCGAAAACGUGGAAAUUUCAUUGAAUUGAGAGCAGGAAUGAUGAACAUUUGUCCGAUUGGGAGGUCCUGUAGUCAAGAGGAGCGUAUCGAAUUUUACGAAUACGACAAGAUCCAUAACAUUCGGGACAAAAUGGUUGAAGAUUUGAGACAACAAUUUUCCCAUACUAACUUGCAUUUCUCCAUUGGUGGACAAAUCAGUAUUGACGUUUUUCCAAAAGGAUGGGACAAAACUUACUCGCUCAACUUUUUUAAAAAUGUUCCAACUGUGAUACACUUUUUUGGCGACAAAACUAGCCCCGGUGGAAAUGACUAUGAGAUAUUUAAAGACGAACGCACCAUUGGGCAUACUGUUACCGGUCCUGAUAACACUGAAUCUAUAAUGCGGCAGUUGUUAGGUCGAUGCUAAAAUAGACUAAAACAAUGUAUUGUAAACGUUUAUGUAUUUGAUGACUUACGAGAUAAGAAAAUAAGAAUUUAUUCAAACACAA